UUAUUGUGAAGAAUCUCCCCACCUCCGCUUCCUGGCAAGAUCUCAAGGACCACAUGCGGCGGGCGGGCGACGUGUGUUUUGCGCAGGUCUUCAAGGAGAGAGACGGCAUGAUGGGCAUAGUGGACUACAGCAACGAGGAGGACAUGAAGUAUGCGGUGCGCAAGCUAGACGACUCGGAGUUCAAGAACCCUUUCUCCCGCGGCUGCUACAUCCGAGUGCGUGAGGAGAGCAAGACAGGUCGCGAUCGCAGCAGGUCACCUCGUCGCCGCGAGCGAUCCCGUUCACGUUCGCGCUCGCGCUCGCGCUCGCGCUCUGCCUCGGGUUCACGCUCCCGGUCCCGCUCCAAGUCCAAGUCUCGCUCGCGCUCACCUAAGAAGAGUGGUUCCAAGUCGCCCUCUCGCUCGCGCUCUCGAUCCAAGUCCCCCGCCAAGUCCCCCGAGCGUGCUCGCUCUCCU